GGCUCCCGAUUGGCUGCGAGCGGCGGGUCAGCGCCCGGCCCCGGUGCUGGUUGCUAGGGGAGGCGGAUGGCGGCGGUGGCGGCGGCCCCUCCAUGGCGACGGCGCUGAGCGGCGAUCGCGCAGCCGGCGGCCGGGACGCGGGGACUCCCCCUAGCGGAGCGAGGAGCCUUCGAUGGGGGGAGGCUCAGCCCUCGGGAAAAAGGGGGAGAGAGAGGGGCUCGUGUUGAAGGCAGCCAGCUGUGCCUCCGAGUGGGAAACUGGACUGAUCUCAUGGCUUGCUUUUUUGUUUCGUUAAUACUCCGUUAUCCCUGAAAAUGAACCUUUCGUGAAGCUCUGUUCCUAACUCUCCUUACUCCUCUUCCACGAGGUGACUGCUUUGCAAGGGAAGAAAUGGCAUGAAGUAAAUGACUCCACUGUAAAGCAAUCUGCUUUGCCAAAGUGCCCAGUGAGCAGCACUGUCACUUUAAUAAUUCCAGGUCAAGGGAUUGCUUUCUUCCUUUCCAAUCCUCUCUUUUAAUACAUGAGAGGAUCAGAGGGACAUUAAAGACCGUAAGGCUGGGUGGCUUGGAUAUAAUAAAAAUGAAAGUGACUGGCCGGUGACUUCUGUUGGGUGAGAGGGUGAUAUUUGAAGGCUGUUGUCUGGUGAGGAAAAAGGGACCUUUUCAGUCUGCUGUGUAGUCACCUAAUACCUAGCUAGCAAAAUUCGUUCAAGAAGUGAAAGAAGUUUAACGAGUCACUUUGGAUUGUUUCUGUCUUCCUCCUUGUUUGGAUUAUUUGGGAGUUUUUGUCCUGCAAAUAACAUGCUUUUGAGCAUGUAAAGGUGGAGUAUUAAGACAGCUGCCUAGAGAUGGACUGUGCCUUAAUUGUAUUACAUAAAAUCUUUUAAUUUUCAAAUUUUGCUGCCAGAAGAGGAGUUAUAAUAGGGUUUUAUACUGCCAAGGAACAUUUUCUCUUGUAUUUUUAUAGAUUCAAAUAUAUUUUAAAGAAAUUGAAAACCUCUCUUAAAAAAAUUCAAAAAGCUUCUUUUUCCCCUCUUUUUUUUUCUUAUUUGUGGGAAGCCUCGAAAGCUCAAUGCAGGAAAACAGCAAGUACUGGUAGAGAUGAAGACUGAAGCUGCAUUUCAUAACUGAACUGUAAAAGUGUUUUGCAAUAGAUAGACCUCGUAAAGUGUUCCAGUGGUACAUCGUUAAAACCUGUAAAUAAGUGCUUGCAAGCAGUAACAGAAGUAGGAGGAAGAAUGCCAGUCAAGAAGAAAGAUACUGACCGAGCUUUAGUGCUGCUGGAAGAAUACUGUAAAAAACUAAAGAAGCCAGAAGAGCAACAACUGAAAAAAGCUAUCAGAAAGGUGAUGGGCAUCUUUAAGAGCAGCUUAUUUCAAGCACUUCUAGAUAUUCAAGAGUUUUAUGAAGUGACACUGCUAAAUUCCCAGAAAAGCUAUGAGCAAAAAAUAGAAGAAGCAAACGAAGUUGCAGAGAAAUGGGAGAAGACAACACCUCCUGCUACAGGCCAUGAAAAUCUGCAGGAAAAACAAGAGUCUGCAGCUUCCAAUGGAUCAGAAGGAUCUGGACAAUGUGGUGUACACAAUAAGGAGAACCAGACAUUUGAAAAUUAUGCGGUAGACAUGAAGACAAAGCAGAGCCAUGGCAGAUGCCCAUCCCACAAAUGCUCAGUCGAAACACCUGCCUGGAUGCCCAUUCAGCAUACUACCAAAUAUCGCUAUCAAGAUGAGGACGCUCCACAUGAUCAUACUUUGCCUCGAUUAACCCACGAAGUGAGAGGCCCCGAGCUUGUUCAUGUGUCAGAGAAGAACUUGUCUCAAAUAGAGAACGUCCAUGGAUAUGUCCUACAGUCGCACAUUUCUCCUUUGAAGGCAAGCCCUGCCCCUAUAAUUGUCAACACAGACACCUUGGACACAAUCCCUUAUGUCAAUGGAACAGAAAUUGAAUAUGAAUUUGAAGAAAUUACAUUGGAGAGGGGGAAUUCUGGCCUGGGGUUCAGUAUUGCUGGAGGAACGGAUAACCCACACAUUGGGGAUGAUCCUGGGAUAUUUAUCACUAAGAUUAUACCAGGAGGAGCUGCAGCAGAGGAUGGAAGACUCAGGGUCAACGACUGUAUCUUGCGAGUGAAUGAGGUCGAUGUGUCAGAAGUCUCACACAGCAAAGCCGUGGAGGCUCUGAAGGAGGCUGGCUCCAUAGUCCGACUGUACGUUCGCCGAAGGAGACCUAUCCUGGAGACCGUGGUAGAGAUCAAGUUGUUCAAAGGACCUAAAGGUCUGGGUUUCAGUAUUGCAGGAGGUGUGGGAAACCAACACAUUCCUGGGGACAACAGCAUUUAUGUCACCAAGAUUAUUGAUGGAGGAGCUGCACAAAAAGAUGGGAGAUUGCAGGUUGGAGAUAGACUUCUUAUGGUAAAUAAUUACAGUUUAGAAGAAGUUACCCAUGAAGAGGCAGUAGCAAUACUGAAGAACACAUCGGAUGUAGUGUAUCUCAAAGUUGGAAAGCCCACCACCAUUUACAUGACCGAUCCUUAUGGCCCACCAGAUAUUACUCAUUCUUAUUCUCCACCAAUGGAAAAUCAUAUACUCACUGGAAACAAUGGCACUUUAGAGUACAAGGCAUCUCUGGCCCCGAUCUCACCGGGAAGAUACUCACCCAUUCCAAAGCACAUGCUUGUGGAGGAUGACUACACCAGGCCUCCUGAACCUGUUUACAGCACUGUGAACAAACUAUGUGAUAAACCACCUUCUCCUAGGCACUAUUCCCCUGUCGAGUGUGACAAAAGCUUCCUUCUUACAGCUCCCUAUCCCCACUACCACGUAGGCCUGCUCCCUGACUCUGAGAUCACCAGUCAUUCCCAGCACAGCACUGCGACACGUCCACCCACAGUGAGCUUGCAGCGGACCAUUUCUGUGGAAGGAGAGCCUCGAAAAAUCAUCCUGCAUAAGGGCUCCACAGGACUUGGUUUUAACAUUGUGGGAGGCGAAGAUGGGGAAGGCAUUUUCGUGUCUUUCAUCCUAGCAGGCGGGCCUGCCGAUCUCAGCGGAGAACUACAGAGAGGAGAUCAAAUUUUAUCCGUGAAUGGUAUUGAUCUUCGAGGUGCUACCCACGAGCAGGCUGCAGCUGCGCUAAAAGGAGCAGGGCAGACGGUAACAAUCAUAGCACAAUACCAGCCGGAGGAGUACGCUCGGUUUGAGGCAAAAAUCCAUGACCUGCGUGAGCAGAUGAUGAAUCACAGCAUGAGUUCUGGGUCCGGCUCCCUGAGAACUAAUCAGAAGAGGUCGCUGUAUGUCAGAGCCAUGUUUGACUAUGACAAGAGCAAAGACAGCGGCCUGCCAAGUCAAGGACUCAGUUUUAAGUAUGGAGACAUCCUUCAUGUUAUCAAUGCAUCGGACGAUGAGUGGUGGCAGGCGAGGAGAGUUACUCUGGAGGGAGACAGUGAAGAGAUGGGAGUCAUACCCAGCAAGAGGAGAGUGGAAAGAAAGGAGCGUGCCCGCUUGAAGACGGUGAAAUUCAAUGCGAAACCUGGUGUAAUUGAUGCAAAAGGGUCAUUCAAUGACAAGCGUAAAAAGAACUUCAUCUUUUCACGAAAAUUCCCAUUCUACAAGAGCAAGGAGCAGAGUGAGCAGGAAACAAGUGAUCCAGAACAACAUGUUUCUUCUAAUGCCAGCGAUAGUGAAAGUAGCUACAGAGGCCAAGAAGACUGCAUCCUUUCUUAUGAACCUGUCACAAGGCAGGAAAUUAACUACACCAGGCCAGUUAUCAUUCUGGGUCCUAUGAAAGAUCGGAUCAAUGACGAUUUGAUAUCUGAAUUCCCUGAUAAGUUUGGGUCUUGUGUACCACAUACCACACGGCCAAAGCGUGAUUAUGAAGUGGACGGGCGAGAUUAUCAUUUUGUCAUUUCAAGAGAACAAAUGGAAAAGGAUAUCCAAGAGCACAAAUUUAUAGAAGCUGGGCAGUACAACGAUAAUCUAUAUGGAACUAGUGUCCAGUCUGUGAGAUUUGUGGCAGAAAGGGGCAAGCACUGUAUACUCGAUGUGUCAGGAAAUGCUAUUAAACGAUUGCAAGUUGCACAACUCUAUCCCAUCGCUAUCUUCAUUAAGCCUAAAUCAUGGGAGCCGCUGAUGGAAAUGAAUAAACGUCUUACAGAGGAGCAAGCCAAGAAAACCUACGAUCGAGCAAUUAAAUUAGAACAAGAAUUUGGAGAAUAUUUUACAGCUAUUGUCCAAGGAGAUAGCUUAGAAGAUAUAUAUAAUCAAUGCAAACUUGUAAUUGAAGAACAAUCUGGGCCUUUCAUCUGGAUUCCUUCAAAAGAAAAAUUAUAAAUUAGCCACUGCACCUCUGAUUACGACGGGAGAAUAUUUAGAAGAAAACUAUAAUAUACUAUUUGGAGGCUUUCCUGUUUUUGUUGCAUUUAUGUUCUUUGCAGUCAAUGUGAAUUUUGAUGAAUGUACAACACAAAGUGUUUGAAGCCAUGAAGGACACUGAUGGGUCAGAAGGGUAGGAACAAAAAGACUUCUACCACAUAAAGCAAGUCAGUUGUGUGCUCAAAGCACCAGUUGUAGGUACAAACUUUUGACGUGGAGACCCUCUGUCAAGGGGAGCUAGCCACCUCCUGUGCCCACGCGGACAUUUUGAUCUGUUUCAAUGGCUGAGCUCAGUGUGUUGAUUGCUUUAAAGAGAAGUUCCCAGCUCUUGAACCUCAUAUAGGGCUUGAUCCUGCAAGGCGCUGAACACUUGACCCCAAUUCCUACACAUGUGAGUAGCCCGUUGACUUGGAGUCACUUGUGACCCCUCCCUACACCGUUCAGUCCCAUCCUUUCCAGUAGGACUAUUCGUGUGCUCAAAGCUAAGCACGGGCUUAAGCGUUUUGCUAGAUCAGGGCCACAUGCACCUUGCAAAAUCAAACUCAGAGAACCAAGUCCACUUCCUACUGAAGUCAUUGGUAGGACUGUCUUUGACUUGACUGGGAGGUGGAUCCUAUUCUAAGCUUGUCAUUGCACAUUCGUAGUUGGUACACCUCGACUUUGGUAACUAUGCACAUCUUUUAAUUUCUGAAACCAAGUCAAGCAUUUCUUUUUUUCCCCUUUGGAAACACUAUUGCAUCAGGAACUAAUAACAAUGUAGUUUAUUUUAAUGGAGUUUGGGAGUGGGAGAGGAUGGAAGCAUUUCACAUCACACGUGCACGCAAACACAUUCCCAUGAGGACACACACAUGUAUGAGGAUUCACAGCACUUACGUUGACAAGGAGGGAUACAACUGGGAAAAGCUUUAAAAUUUUUGACUGUCUAUUUUAUCAUUUAUAUUGAUAGAAGGCACUUAAAGAUGGAAUAAUUUAUAAAAAUAAAAAUAUAUUGAUGUAUAGAAACUAAUUUCUAUAGGUAAAAAUGUUUUUGUGAGAUAUUUUGUAAAGAUUAAUUAAUUGAAAGAUUAAAUAUUUACACCCUUGUGUGACUGUAAAAUGUAAAGAGGACCAUCAAGUUGCAUUAUCCCUUUUCUGUAACAGACUCUAUUAUUAAUGACAAGCAAGAUAAUUCCUUAAAUUGUAGUUGUCAGGUUGUUUUUUCUCUCAAUUUAAUCCUCUCCCUUGCCUCUAUUUAAUCAUGAUGAACUCCUGUGGAAAGGUCUCUUGAACUGACUGCCCUGUAGGACCUUUUUGAACACAAAAGGGUUAUGCAUCUUUAAACAGAAAUGGAUGAUUUUUGAGAAGCAAAAUGUCAGUGCUUGAAUGCAGUUAAUUUCUCUCUUGGAGGGAGUCACACUUCACCUAAAAUGUUUUAUGAUUCUUCCUGUUCCUUUAAGGGAAAUACCAAGAGCAUUUGAUCUUUUCUGUCUUUGUAGGCAGGCGGAUCAUGAGCUAACUUGUAUCUUCAUUCAUUUCACAGUCAACAAGGGUCUUAAAAGUGAAAACUGAGGCAAUGGACAUUUGUGAGGGAUUUGGGGAAAGUCUGUGGAAUUCCAGUUUGGGGUGCAAGGAAGCAGGGAGGGAGGUAUAUUUCGUGUUUCACAUUGCCCUUCCUUUGUAUGCUGACGCCAUACUUCACUCUGACACACAAAGGAACAACUGCGAAAGAUAUUAUAAUCAUAAACUGAAUUGCCUUUGCAUCUGCUGCUGGACCAAGUUCCAUAGAAAACCCACAGCCUCCUGCCUACUGGCCUGCAGGAGUCCAAUAUUUGUUACCUGGUGGCUACAGCAACCCUAAUGUUCAAGGACGUUUUAAGGGCAAAUGCUGAAUAGACUCCUCAGUUACUCGUCUAUUUGAAGCUUACACUUCUGCACCCCGUCAAGCUGAUGGGUAUAUCCAGCCGGCCUCCACAGAGAGCACGACUCGCUGGAUGUUUGUAGAAUAGCCACCGGUGGUGACAGGGUUAAUGACAUGGGCAUUUCAGUGGCCUCGAGGAGGCCGCUUACUUCCUGCCCUACUAUGAUAACUUUAAGAAGUUCACGCUUCUUUUAUUACUAUUUUUCUUGCCUGGCCAGCGCAGAUUUAUAAACAAGGGUUUCAGCUGAUUCUACAAAAGAGCUUUGUAACUAGAAGGGCUAGAAACUUUUUUUUUUUUACAAAAUAUAAAUGAAUGAAAGCUUAGAUUUUGGAUUAUUCUGCAGAAAUCCACAGAGUGACCCCAGAUCUUUGGAAGCCAUGGAUUUUUCCAUGCUGGCAAAGCACUAUUGCCCCAGGUUGGGAAAUAGCCCACCUGACCUGAAAAACCAAGUAUCCUAAAGCAGGAACUUCAUUCUAAUUUUCAGCUCUGUUUUUAAGCAAUCAGUCACAUCUGCUUCUUUGUUUCUUAGUUCAGCAUGCAGCCUUUUAUGGUACUAUCCUAUUAGUAACUGUUUUGCUUUGUCAUGUGCUGUGCUUUACAGUGAACAGUAACACUAUGGCUGAGUACAAUCAAAUUUUCCAUCAGUCCUUGGUUACUGUAGUAACAUUAUUUAUUUUUCCCUGUCUGUUGUUUGUGCUUCCAGUUUAGAGUUGCCAUUGCACUUCUUUUUUUUUUUUUAAAUAAAACAUAUAUUUAAAAAAGAUUCACCAAGAGAAGCAGUGAGAGGUCUUCUUUCCCUUAGGACUUGUACUCCCAUUUGUUUUGUGUGUUGAUGUUUUGUGUUUCAUGUUACAGCAUUCUCAGAGCUGCAGUUCAUUUCUGCAUCACAGCUGUUCAGAUCAUACAGGGUGGUAGUGGGAGGAGGAAGAGAAACAUAAGAUUCAUGCAAAAUUACAUCUGGUGCAAAAAAAAAAAAAAAAUCCAACUCACAACCCACAGCAAUUGGCACCUCAGACCAUAUUGGUGCUAACACAACUUAGCAUGAUCAGAUUCCUUUUCUGUCCAUGUAAGAGACUUGUCUAAACAUGAGACAAAUGCAAAUGCUGGACCCUUUAGGAAAAGUGCCAGAUCACACCCCUGGUGCUAUUUCUCAUGUUCUGGCACAGUGUGUAGCACUGUAGGGUCUAAGCAGAACCAAAAUUACAUGGCAUUUUGUCCACCCAUGAAUGAUCACGACGACAUCUCACUACCUUUGUGCAGAUGUGCACUAUUACAACCUAUUUAUUUCUCCUUGCCACAAAGCAUCUUCCAUGCACUGACUCAUUUAGAGCUUGCUAACAGGGCUCAGUGAAACUACACUCUUUACUGGUCUUACUGUCUGAUCCUAAACCAGUAAAAGAGCCUUUCUUGCUUAAUUUCCCCUUCCUACAGAGGUACCCUGUCCAUGCUAGUGCUUUGUAAUUUCUUUCGUAGUAAAGGCUGUUUCUAGAUAAAUAUUCUGUGCUGUAAUUGUGUUUGUAGCUAGCAUGGUUUGAUGCUCUGGUGUGGAUAGGGUCCUAGGAACCACCCUGUGAAAGUCAAGGAUAAGAAAUCUCUCCAUCGCACUGAAAUUUCAAAUCCUCAUCCUGGAGAGCAGUGCUGACCCAGAGCUGAUAACCGCUAUGAGCCAGCAACAGUGUCCUAGUUAUACCACAUCCACCUACCUAUCUACCUUUGUUUCCUAUGGAGAAAUUGUUGGUGUUACACUUCCACUGUUACUUGCUCAUCAGCACUCAAUCAAAUUGUAUUUUUGCUUUAGUUUUCUUUUCUUUUCUUUUCUUUUUUGGUCUUUUUUCAAAUCCUGAAAAGAGGAUUCAGUGACUGACAACACGUGAAUAUUUGUAGGGAAAAAAGUGUUAAAGAACAAGUUUCCACCUUCUUUUCAAGCUGCAGAUUUAAAGCCAUAAUAUCUGCAAUGUUCACAGAAAGUGGUCUUUUAGUGUUCAUAGCUUUUAAUCUCAGCGUUUUUUUCUCUAGAACAUUUUGUCCACCAUGUUAUGCAUGUGGUUCACUGUGCAACUGCAUUCAUGUGCUCAAGCCCAUGCUUCGAUGAAAUAAAUGUAUCUUACUGUUCCAUUAAAAAUAAGACAUCUUGUCAAUUAGCUCAGAAGUAAGAAUGAGGUCAUCAUUAUGUUAAAAAAAAAAAGUGACUAUGUUUUAGGGCACAACCCAGCAUCAAAGCUAAGAGCAAAUAACAUCUGCAGUCUAUCCAACAUAUAGCUAGGUCUGGUUCUCAGCUGGUGUAAACCACGGUCAGUCCACUGAUUUCAGUGGAGUUCCUCCCAUUUACACCACCUGAAGUUGCACAUAUAUCCUCUCCAUUUUGCCUACUUUAUAGCAUUACUGUAAAGUGCCAAGGCACCAUUAUUAAACAAGAGCUCAGCACUUUCUUCAUCAUUUACUGUUCUUAUUACUGUAGCACCCAGAGGGCUUAGUCAUGGACCAAGACCCUUUUUGAGGUAGGUGCUGUGAAAUUGUUGAACAAAAAGGCACCCCCAUGGGCCAAACACUGUGGCCAGAUUUUCAGAAGGCUUCAGCCCCACCGUCAUCUCACCGAGAGCAAUAGGAACCACCGCCUGGUUGGCCCUUUUGAGAAUCUGUCUUUAAGGUGACACAAGUGAGACACGAGCUAUCAUCCCUCACGCAGCGCUAGGAGCUUACACUGUCUGGCCCUGACCUGCAGCCCAGGCAACUUCCAGUGAUGCCCUGAGGUAAAACAGCAUUUCGGAGAAUGGGCAGUAGCCAGAAACCUAAGUCUUAAAAAAAAAAAAAAAAAACUCUUGGGAAAAAAAAAAAAAAAAAAACAGUGUUGGCUCUUAGUGAGAUAGAAACCUUUUAAUUUCUGGAUUUGUGUUCCUAAAUUUGAGUCGGCCAGUCCAAACUUCCGAGUGCAACAGCCUGUGUUCAGGAGGCCGCUUCUGUCUGACAACGCUGGCCAACUUGUGUCUCUUUAGCAGGAUGUUUCUCAAUCCGGCUGUUGUUUGGGGUACUCAGAAUCUGAACUGGAGUUUACAAAAUACACUCUCUGGCUUACACUCCUGUUAUGUGUAAAUACUCUGCGCAUCCAUUCCAUUUGUGUAAAGAAUAAAGCACACACAAUUAUAAAAAUUAAGAUGUAUAUUUCAUA